GGGAACUAUAGCUUCACUACCUAUAAUAGUCUAAGGUUGCAGGCAAAACACAGGAUCCGAAAUGUGGUUUUUGGGGUGGAGCCCAAUGCCCAUGGAGCGUUCACUGUGCGCUCGAGCACUCUACGCGUUGUUGAUACACAUUUAAUCCACAUUGGGAGCGAACAGUUUGAAGACGUGCGACCAGAGACAGUUUGAGGAAUACUCGGAUUAAUGUUAUAAGAGCACAUUUAUUUUUCGUCUGUCUAUGAGCAAGACCACGACUAAGUAAAUUAUAUUUGGCGGAUUUAAACAAGCACUUUUUACUAGGGACAACUCGAACGACCUUCAUUCAGGUUGAGGUGAAGAGAUUUGUCAGUACACGUUGAUUGUUAAAUAUUUUUUGUAUUAUUAGCCAAUAGUCAAUAGCCUAUAGUUGAAUUAAACUGAAGAAAAAAAAUCGAAUGUAUAAGCCAAAUAUAGACACAUUUUAUCUGUAGCCUAUACUUAUUUGUCUCAUUUGGAUUUCUGUAGCUUUUUGCCUGUUUUUAUUUUUUCGAAAUAAUCCACAUUCCCUGCAACCUACGUUGUUCCCUUGUCCAGUUUAUGUUUUUGAAUAGCCUUCAUUCGGAUUUGCACUAUCCACUAGUUGGGACACAAGACCCACCUGUUGCGUUUCGCGGCAAAACUCAUAAAACAGAAAUGUCACAGCUAGAGGUCGACGUGGCCGGACUGGGUUUCUCCAAGUUACCUGCUGGGUUCGAUGCCAACUCCUGCUUCCCUGGCCGAAUACCACCAAGGCGAAGGAGACACUCGGCAAACUCCAGGAGAAAUUCGUAUAGGUUGAGCAAAAUAAAUACCUUGGAUUUGGAGCCUGAAGUUUACGAUGAUGACCCUCUCUCCAAAACUCACUCCUGGUCUGCUGAUGAUAUUUUAGCCGAAACAGCGGCAGAGGAGAAAAAGGUGGACUCAUCGGUACCUGUCUCACCUGUCUCAAGCCCGGGAACGAGCACGUGCUCACCUGGUACCCAAGCAUCAGACCCCAAACCACCUCUUGAUACCUGGGACGCGCCACAGCCCAGCUCGCAAGCACAGGGCACAAGUACAGAUUCCGAGGAAGAAAUCACUGACAAAAAGGUCAUUUUAUCUCGCGCUCCAUUUGAAAGAAAACGAGAGCAAGAGGAAAAGGAUGAAAUUGAAACCAAAGCCGUCGCGACGUCACCUGAUGGAAGGUUCCUCAAAUUCAACAUUGAAAUUGGGAGAGGGUCGUUUAAGACGGUGUACAAAGGCCUGGAUACGGAGACAACAGUAGAAGUGGCAUGGUGUGAGCUGCAGACGCGGAGGCUGACGAAGGUGGAGCGCCAGCGUUUCAGUGAGGAGGUGGAGAUGCUGAAGGGGCUGCAGCACCCCAAUAUCGUCCGCUUCUACGACUCCUGGAAGGACAACUGCAAGGGCCACAAGUGCAUCCUUCUGGUCACCGAGCUCAUGACAUCAGGCACCCUCAAGACGUACCUGAAGAGGUUCAAGGAGAUGAAGCUGAAGCUGCUGCAGCGCUGGAGCCACCAGAUCCUGAAGGGCCUCCACUUCCUCCACACCCGCACCCCGCCCAUCAUCCACAGGGACCUCAAGUGUGACAACAUCUUCAUCACCGGCCCCACAGGCUCCGUCAAGAUCGGCGAUCUGGGCCUGGCCACACUAAAGAGUGCCUCGUUCGCCAAGAGUGUCAUUGGGACUCCUGAGUUCAUGGCCCCAGAGAUGUACGAGGAGAAGUAUGAUGAGGCGGUGGACGUCUAUGCCUUUGGGAUGUGCAUGCUUGAGAUGACCACGUCUGAGUACCCCUACUCUGAGUGCCAGAACGCUGCUCAGAUCUACCGUAAAGUCACCAGCGGAAUUAAGCCGGACAGCUUCUUCAAAGUAAAAGUCCCUGAGUUGAAAGAGAUCAUAGAGGGAUGCAUCCGCAUAAAUACAGACCAGAGGUACACCAUCCAAGACCUGCUGGAACACACCUUCUUCAAGGAGAACAAUGGCGUCCAUGUUGAGCUGGCAGAGGAGGACGACACAGUGAAGUCUGGCCUGAAGCUGUGGCUGCGUAUGGAUGACACCAAGAAGCUGCAUGGGAAGUACAAGGACAACAACGCCAUUGAGUUCCUGUUUGAACUGUACAAGGACGUACCCGAGGAGGUGGCCCAGGAGAUGGUGGUGCUGGGCUUCGUCUGUGAGGCAGACUACAAGCUGGUGGCCAAAUCCAUCCGGGACCGCGCCACCGCCAUCAAGCGGCAGCGGGAGAAGCAGCGUCGGAUGGCCGAGGAGGCCUUGCGCCAACAACAGGAAACUGUCAUUGAGGAAGAACCAGAGUUGGCCCCCGAGCCAGAACCGCCCACCCCCAAACCUCAAAUAGCCCUUCCCAUUAAACCGCCCAACCCCGCCCCUGUCUCAGCACCCCCUGCCCAGACUCCGCCCACUCCGACGGUGUCGGGGCCAGUGAUGUCCAUGGCUAACGGCUCGGUGGAUUCGGGGAUAAACGCCAGCUUCACAGCAGAGACGGAGGAGCAGGAGGCAGACCAGCGGCUGCACUACAACAUCAGACACGCCAGCUACACCUCUCCCACGUCCGACUGCGAGAUGGACGGCUACCUGAGCUCCUCUGGCUUCCAGGAUCCCGGGGAUCCCCAUCUCCAGCCUCCUGUUAACUCCGCCCCUUCCUCCAUCACUCCUGUUCCGUUGCCCCUGGAGAUCCCUCGCAUCGAGGCCCUGGCCAUCAAGGCUCCUUCCCCUGACGCUCCACCAAUCCCGGCUCUCCGCUUCCCCUCGAGUAUCGCUGUAUCCAACACUACCAUGCCCCAGUCAGGAAAUGCCAGUGGUUUCUCUUCUCCUGUCGACAGCUAUGCCUCUGAUGUGACAUCAGGCUUGAGUGAUGGCAAUGAGGGCCUAUCAGAAAAGAGUGCCAACAAACGUACCGGUACCAAGCUCUUCAGGAGGAGAGCCCGCUCACGCUUACGAAUCACUGGGUUAUCUGACAAAGUGGACCGUGUGGUGGAGUGUCAGCUCCAGACUCACAACAGUAAGAUGGUGACCUUUAAGUUUGACCUGGACGGAGACAACCCGGAGGACAUUGCUGCUGUCAUGGUCCACAAUGAAUUCAUCCUUCCCUCUGAGCAGGAGGGCUUCAUCUACCGCAUGCGUGACAUCAUCAAGCGUGCAGAGGCCCUGAUGAGGAGGGGUGAGCCCCUGAAUCUGGGGGACACUGCCCACCAGCUCUACCCCUACCUCAGCGAAGUGGGCACCCUGUCCGCCUCGCAGCCAAACUUACACGCGCAUGGACUGGAACGGACACAUUCCUCUUCGUCUUUGCCCGACUUUGCUGAGGGCAGCGUUGCUCAGCUCCGAGGCUCGUCUCCUGUGGCGCCUGUUGGAGACUUCUACAUCGACCCAAAGGCGGUCCCUUCUGUUCGUCCCCUCCGCUCUCAGUCCUUCCAGACCACGUCAAGUUCUUCCCAGACCUUCCACCCGCCUGCUUCCCAUUACCCCCAGUAUUCCCACCCCAAGGCCGUGCCCCCUGUGAUGCCCCUCAAUCAGCUGCCUCCCCUGCCCCUACAGUACCCCAAGCCCCCCUAUGUCCCCAACACCCACUUCCCCUUCCCUUACCCUGUCAACCAGACAUCCUCAAAGCCCGCAAGCGCCCCCCUCACCCCCGAGACCCUCCACCGGGUCCUAAGCAACUCCAACCUCUCCUCCUCUUCCCCAUCCCCUUCCUCCUCCCCGGCCAAGCCGGCCACCCCAGGGCAGCAGCAGGACAGUGAAAUGUUACUUCUGAGGGGUGAGGUAGUGGGCAGUACCCCCCAGCCCACCCUUCCUGCCCAACAGCAGCAGAACCCAGGCAUGUGGCCCCCCAACAGCCACAACCAGCCCCUCUUUUCCCUGGCCAACGUGUUGUCCCUGGCCAUGAGCGUGGCCCAGUCCUUCAUGCCCCCCACCUCCAUGCCCAGCGGUCUGAACCCAGCCCAGUCUGGCUCCUACCACCCCUCCAUGUUUGGCCCUCCCCAGCUGAUGCCAGGGGAGGGCCCCUACCAACCCCAGGGCCAGAUAACAGCAGGCCAGUAUCUGGACAUGUGCCAGCAGUAUGCAGACACCCAGGCUCUGCACCAACAGGGCCUGUUGAAAGCCAAAGUAGCCCCAGGGUCACCCCAGCCUGGCGGGCUAGUGGAUGGGACUGCUUUCAGGCAAGUUGGCUCCAGCCUCUCUCCUCCAGGAUCCAGGGUGAGUCCCCAGAUGUAUUGCCAGCUGGGGCCCAGGGUGGGGUUCCAGGAGCAGACAGACAGCUCAGCCUCCACCUCUAUCACCAGCUCCCCCUCCUCCUCAACUCCAGCCAGCCCACAGAGCACCGUGUCUUCACCCAGGCUACGAACCUCUUCACCCCUGGUGGUGUCAGAGUCAGGAGCAAACGCUGCCAAAAACAGACUGUCACCUAUCUCUGAGGAGAAAAAGCCUACAGUUACCGUCGGCCGUUUCCAGGUCACACCCAGCAGAGAGAUCCCUGCAGCCUCCGCUAGCCCCGCCCAGGAUCCUCCCCAAACCCACCCACAACACCAAACCCCGCCCACAGUCACCAUUAGCACCAGCCCUUCCUCCCGGGAAAGUGAAUCUGAUACCAGCACCGAGGAGCAGGGGGGCGAAUCAGAAAGCAGUGUUAGCACCGUAACCGUGUCUCCUCCCCAGCGAUUCCCCGACGGGCCCCUGUGUAACCUAGACAUCGCCCAGUCCUUGCCUGGAGGCCCUAGGCAGACAGAGCAGGAGGACAAGCAGGAGGACAAGCAGGAGGACAAGCAGGAGGACAAGCAGGAGGACAAGCAGGAGGACAAGCAGGAGGACAAGCAGGAGGACAAGCAGGAGGACAAGCAGGAGGACAAGCAGGAGGACAAGCAGGAGAGUGAGAAGGAGCCAGACAAGGAGCCAGACAAGGAGCCAGACAAGGAGCAAAAGGAAGGAGAGGAGGAUGAGGAGGAGGAGCUGAGGAGAAGGGGGGGUAGGAGGCUGAGCCUGAGCCUGUGGGAGGGUACGGCGGGGAGCCCCCAGUUCAGCGGGAGCAACCUGAACCAGCCCUGGAUGAGCUACACACGCAGCGCCUCGUAUGUCAGCAGUGACGAGACAGAGAGCGAAGACGAGGACAUGUGCGAGGAGCUACAGGAACUCAGGGACAGGCACCUGUCAGAGGUGCAGGCCCUCCAGCUCACUCAGAAGAGGGAGAUUGAGGCACUGUAUGAGCGGAUGGGAAAGGUGCCUCCCCCUGGCAUCGUGUCCCCUGCCGCCAUGCUCAACAACCGCCAGAGGCGCCUCUCCAAGAGCGGCAACUACCCCGGCUUGCGUAGGAACAGCCUGCAGAGACUGGAUAUACUGCCCCCUGCAGGGAUCAUGCGUAAAAACUCAGUCAGUGGCAGCAGCAGUGGCUCUCAGGAGAGGUCCAGUAAAGGAGUGACCUUUGCCCCCGACUACAACCGGAUGUGAGGCGCGUCUCCCUGUGUGAUCUGAGGGGGGUUGGGGCAGGUGAUACUGUGGCCAGCCGCCUCCCCUCCCAACCACCAAUCAGGAAGAGAGGGAGCCCAAUGAUGUCCAAUAAGUUGCCCAGCCCAGUGCUGAAGAGAUAGCUCCCAGCCUGAGCCUUGGGAUGGGGAAACCGGAUGGCCAGAAAACAUGGGUAUUCUCUCAAUUGGAUUUGCUCAACUGCUGCGUCCUCUUUUCUCUGUCCUCUCUCGCCUCCUUUUGAAAAAGGUCAUUGAGGAGAGGUAGCAAGGAGAGUGAACGAGGACGAAAAUGCGCUUGUAAGAAAUUAGACUUUUUCUCCACUCAGGCAAAUGACGUUUACAGGGGUGGAUCCCAAAAUAAAUGUGUAGAGUGAUAAAAACAAAUGAAGUUAGUUGUUCAAUACAUUUUAUACAACUAUAAGUAGCAUAUUGUUUGUAAACAUGAGCAUGCUUUUCUCCAUCAAAAAAAAAAGCUGAUUCAAAGGGGGUGUGGCAGAUUUCUAAAUUCUUCCAUGAAGGACUCAGGUAAGACACACAUGACUAUCAUCCAUGAAAGAUGGCUAACAAGGAGGAAGAACACUUCUGUUCGCCUCGACCACUUAUCAGUUUCUGAGUCAUGGAGGAGAGAGGACGAAGGAGAGGUUGGAGGAUGGACUUUUUCCCAAAUAAGAAAAGGCCAUGGUCAUCCACACGAUGGGCCUCACUAAACACUCCUCCUAACGACGAUGGAUAAGGAUCCCAUUGUCAGAGCACCAAAGCACCCUAUCUGCCAUCUGGUCCAUGUGCAAUACCAUGAGUUAGUAUUGUGACACCAAUCCAAGGAUGUCCCCAUCUUAAGGAUGCUAAGCUUAUAUAGCUGUGUGUAGCAUCAGGUCAAAUGGAAAGUGAGCAUAGGAAGGCUAAUUGUGUGCGUUUCUGCGUGUGCUCUUAUGCGGUUGCUGCCUGUGCUAGCCCUGGAAAACACACAUCCCAGAAGCCCUGCACUCUCCUGCACUUCGUCAUCCAACUGCUGCAAGCAGGAACUCCUCUUACUACAAUAUGACCCUAUUCAAUCCGAAGUGCUGAAGAUCUGCUUAAUGUUGCGAUUGACAACUAAAGGCAAUAUUCCUGCGGUCGCGGAGACUGCAUUCACGGUAAACGCUGCAUAUGUCUGCUCAAUCGGAAAAAAACUGAACAUUUUUACGUGGGUCAUCUGCGAUACUUCGGCGAUAUGGAUCGAAUCCAGCCCUAGCUAGACAGUGUUUUACUGUCCAGAUGUUAUGAAUCAGGAGAUAAGAUAGCUUUAGCAGGAUGAGAUGUAAUCAAUGCCUUCAAAACAGUGCAUUUGUAGGGUUUGUAAUAUUGUUUCAAGUUGGUAUUUGAAGGGUUUGCAAUAUUGCGUAAGGAAUGGGAUGAACAAAUAUGCAUCUAAUAUAUUGACCGGCAAGUCAGGUAAGCAGUUUUCCAUUUUGCAGCUCCGCUUACUUGGUGUGCCGGGUGAACUAAAUCAAGUACACCUAAAUAAGAGUCAAUCCAAGCUGCCUGCAAGUAUCAGAAAAACAUCAGAGCUGUGUUUGGUGUAAACAAAUGUUCAUGAAGCAACACAAAUCACACAUGGUGCAUGAAAAACUAAAUGUCACUUUAUUGAACGUACACUGAACAAAAAUAUAAACACAACAUGUAAAGUGUUGGUUUCAUGAGCUGAAGUUAAAGAUCCCAUAAAUGUUCCAUAUGCACAAAAAAGCUUGUUUCUCUAAAAUUACAUUUGUUUACAUCCCGGUUAGUGAGCAUUUCUCCUUUGCCAAGAUAAUCAAACCUCCUGACAGGUGUGGCAUAUCAAGAAGCUGAUUAAACAGCAUGGUCAUUACACAGGUGCACCUUGUGCUGGGGACAAUAAAAGGUCACUAAAAUGUGCAGUUAUGUCACACAACACAAUGCCACAGAUGUCUCAAGUUUUGAGGGCACGUGCAAUUAGCAUGCUGACUGCAAGAAUGUCCACCAGACCUGUUGCCAGAGAAUUGAACGUUAAUUUCUCUGCUAUAAACCAACUCCAACUUCGUUUCAGAGAAUUUGGCAGUACAUCCAACCGGCCUCACAACCACCUACCACGUGUAUGGCGUCGUGGGGUGAGUGGUUUGCUGUUUACAACGUUGUGAACAGAAUGUCCCAUGGUGUCGGUUGGGUUAUGGUAUGGGCAGGCAUAAGCUACGGACAACAAACACAAUUGCAUUUUAUCGUUGGCAAUUUGAAUGCACAGAAAUACCGUGAUGAAAUCGUGAGGCCCAUUGUGAGACCUAUUUUUUGUUAAGGUAUCUGUGACCAACAGAGGCAUAUCUGUAUUCCCUGUCAUAUGAAAUCUAUAGAUUAGGGUCUAAUGAAUUUAUUUUAAUUGACUGAUUUCCUUAUAUGAACUGUAACUCAGUAAAAUCUUUGAAAUUGUUGCAUGUUGUGUUUAUAUUUUUGUUCAGUAUACAAACACUCCAGGUCUUAUAAUAUACUAAACGUUGUUCAUUUGUUACUCACUCUCUAUGGCCUAAUAGUAAAGAUUCUGGGUGUCACUUAUCAGCCUUGAUAUUUUGAAGCAUAGAGUGGAUGCUUAUGCUUUAAAAACUAUUUUAUCUUUUUAAUCUAUGGAUCAAUGCACUUUCCAUAGGGGUCGUUCACUAUUAGUAUUGAACAAUUGUAUCCCUAUAAAUAAUAGCGGGGUAAAGAUGUAUAGUUAUAUAUUUUAAAUCGGUAUGCGUGCCUAUGCAUUUAGUGUUGGUAAUUAUUUGAUUCAUGACAAAGAACUGAAGCUGUGAAGAAUUCUGAGCUAUUUGCCUUAAAGUAUGCACAUGGGGAACGAUUGCAGUAGAACACAUUAAAUAUUUUACUCAGAUUGUGUUCUUCUAAAUCAAGACAUCAACAGUAAAUAUACAAUGAACUCUAUUUUGUUGUCAAUCAUGUUUCUAGAAAACAUACUGCCAUGCAGAUUCUGUGCCUUUACCAUUUUUUUUACCUUCCAAGCGUGAUUGUUUCCUAAAUCAUAUUUGUAAAUAUUGCUAAUAAAUGACUAUUCAACAUCA